CCGGUCGGCUUAGUUAAGCCCAUGCCCUUCUUCGGGUUUUCUCUGGCCUUCUUCUUCUAGUUAAUUUGGCUCGGAGUUUAAGGUUUUCCUCCCAUCUUCCGCUAUCCGUUCUGUUCUCGGAGUCGGGGUGCCGGAGUCAAGCAGGUCAAAAGGAAAACAAGGGUUGGCUCCAGUGGCGGUUCCCUUGUACCCUGGAUCCGCAAGGCUGGGUCGACAUCGAUUUUGCUGCUGACGGCUUGCUUAGUAGUAGCAAAGUAACCACCAACACGAGGUAUCCAGCAUCUACCAAGUGCUAACUGUGAAUUGCCCCUCCGGAUGACGGGGCAGUGUGCUGCUUAUCAAUCCGGGAUGGGCCAUCUUGCCCCUUUCAGUAUUCUCUUGCGCAGAAUAGCCGUCAUUAUAUUAACCUAUGCACUUUUAUCCGGUAUUGCUUCCGCUAUAGCCAGCUCGGAUCCCAACGAUCUCACUUUUUCAUGCAAUGGUUUAUUGCUACUACUGUGUCAGAGAAAGGGAUCAGUAGGUGACAACUACCACAGUACUUGUCGUAGUCGUACUGAACACGCUACUGCAAUGUAUCUCUACUAUUGAGGGGCUGUGCCUUGCGCUCAGGGCAGCAUGGUGAUGUCGUAAUCUGUAGUUGCAUUUUAAAGGCUAAAUAUAUACUACUACUCGGCAGGAGUGUCACAGCCGCAUAAGGACAAAGGAGGAUACUACUAAUAGUACCAGUAGUAGUUUCACUACUAAGCUGACAGGAACUACUAGUAAGCACCAUCAGGAUCUUUCGACUGUGGACAUGAUGUACCCCCUUAAAAAAAGCAAAUAAUAAUAUUAUUAGCCAACAUAAAUAGUAGUAGUACUUCGUAACAGUUGCAUAUUGGACC